AUGAGAUGGCACAAAGAGAAGCAUCCUAACACAAAUAGAGUAUUGAGGCAUCCAGCAGAUGGAGAAGCAUGGAAGCACUUUGAUGAACAAUAUCCGGUAUUUGCUAUGGAUCCUCGUAAUGUCCGGCUAGGUGCUGCCACUGAUGGAUUUAAUCCUUUUAGUAACAUGAGUACUUCGUAUAGCAUGUUGCCAGUAAUGUUAGUGCCUUAUAACCUGCCACCAUGGAAGUGCAUGAAAGAGACUUUUUCGAUGAUGUCACUAUUAAUACCAGGCCCAACAGCACCUGGAAAAAACAUUGAUGUGUACUUACGGCCUAUGAUUGAUGAAUUGAAAGAUCUAUGGACAAAUGGUGUAACCACUUAUGACAUCUCUAAAAAGGAGAGGUUUACAAUGCAUGCAGUAGUGUUGUGGACAAUACAUGACUUUCCAGCAUAUGGAACACUUUCUGGACGGAGUACCAAAGGAUACAAAGUAUGUCAGACUUGUAAUGAACAUACUUCUUCCCAAGCUUUAAGAAGUAAGAUUUGUUACAUGGGACAUCGUCGAUAUUUAUCCAUAAAUCAUGCAUGGAGAAAUAAUCGACAAUAUGAUGGAAAGCCUGAACGAAGUUGGAACAAUGUUGGACAUCAAAGGGAUGACAAAUAUGAGUUUUGUAAGUUUCUGAAGUCUAUCAAAUUUCCAGAUGGCUAUGCUGCUAAUAUUUCAAAGAAUGUGAACAUUAAGGAUGAAUUGGAUAUGUUACAAGAGGGGAUAAUACUUACAUUGUGUAAAUUGGAAAGAAUAUUCCCUCCGGCCUUUUUUGAUAUCAUGGUUCAUCUAGCAGUUCACCUACCAUAUGAGGCAAAAAUGGCAGGACCAGUACAUACUCGUUGGAUGUAUCCUUUUGAAAGAAAUAAAGCUCAUCCAGAAGGUUCAAUAGCAGAGGGUUAUGUUGUCGAUGAGGCAUUAACUUAUUGUUCAAUGUACCUUCAUGGUAUUGAAACUCAAUUCAAUCGGCCAGAACAUAAUAAAGAUGGUGAGAAUCAGAUUGCUUCGACUUUGUCAGUAUUCACUCAACCUGUGAACUUGUUGGGGAAACCUCAAUUUGUUGAACUGAAAGAUGAUAAUUAUAAAAAAGCUCAUUGGGGUGUCACAAGUAUUCUGCAGGUACAAGAAAAGGAAUUUCCACAAUGGUUUGAACAACGGAGUGGAUGUGUAGUAAAUGGAGUUCGAUAUCGCACAAAAGUUCGUGAUGAUAGGCUUGUCACUCAAAAUUGUGGAAUUUGGGUUGUAGGUGAUCAUGAUGGUGAAUCUUGUGACUUUUAUGGGGUAAUAGAAGACAUUAUUGUGUUAGAUUAUAGGUCCAAACACUCUGUUGUACUUUUUAGAUGUGCAUGGUUUGACACAAAUGUGAAAAAGAAAAAGAUGAUCACAGAGUUUCAAAUCACAAACAUUAAUGUCACUUCAUAUUGGUAUAAGAAUGACCCUUUUGUCCUUGCCUCACAAGCUAAACAAGUGUUUUAUGUGGAUGAUUACAAGAUGGGUCAACAUUGGAAAGUGGUUCGAAAGGUGCAUCACCGUCAUCUAUGGGAUUUUCCAGACCGAUUAGAUGAAGGUGAUGAUCAUGGUGAUUCAUUUGAAGUUUAUGAGUUGGAUGCUUAUCAAGAAAAUGAUUCAAUGGACAUUCAAAUUUUAUUUGAAUCAAUUGAUAUUGAACGUCUUAAUCGUGAAGAUAUUGACCCAAUAGAAAUUAAUUUGAAGAGUGCAACAAACUAUGAAGAUGCAAAUAGUGAGGCAGAGAGUGGAGAUUUUGAUGAUGCAGAUAGUGGUGCAGAGAGUGAAGAUUAUGAAGAUACAGAUAGUGGCACAGAGAAUGAAGAUAAUGGGGAGUACAAUGAGGAAACCGACAAUGAUAGUGAAGAUAAGUUGUUAAGUAAUGGUGAAACCGGUGAGGAUACUAACUCAUUUGCAUAA